AUGGCGGAGCAAGAAAAUCAACCGGACAGAAAAAGAUUCUGCUGUACGAUCUGUCUGGAUCUACUGAAGGAUCCGGUGACUACUGGCUGUGGACACAGCUACUGUAUGUGCUGUAUUAAAACCCACUGGGACAAUGAGGUAAGAGGAAGCUACAGCUGCCCUCAGUGUAGACAGACAUUCAAACCGAGGCCUGUCCUGGUGAAAAACACCAUGUUAGCUGAUUCACUGGAGGAGCUGCAGAAGGCUGGACUCCAAGCUGCUCCUGCUGAUCACUGCUAUACUGGACCUGGAGAUGUGGCCUGUGAUAUCUGCACUGGGAGAAAACUGAAAGCUCUCAAGUCCUGUUUGGUUUGUUUGGCCUCUUAUUGUGAGAAACACCUCCAGCGUCAUCUUCAGUCAGCUCCAUUGAAGAAGCACAAGCUGGUGGAGCCCUCGGAGAAGCUCCAGGAAAACAUCUGCUCUCGUCACGAUGAGGUGAUGAAGAUGUUCUGCCGCACUGAUCAGCAGUGUAUCUGUUAUCUCUGCUCUGUGGAGGAACAUAAAGACCACGACACAGUGUCAGCUGCAGAAGAAAGGACAGAGAGGCAGAGAGAGCUCGGGCUGAGGAGACAAACAAUCCAGCAGAGAGUCCAGCACACAGAGAAAGAUGUGAAGCUGCUUCAGCAGAAGGAGGAGGCCGUCAAUGUCUAUGCUGAUAAAGCAGUGGUGGAUAGUGAGAAGAUCUUCACUGAGCUGAUCCGUCUGCUGGAGACAAGAAGCUCUGAUGUGAAGCAGCAGAUCAGAUCCCAGCAGGAAACUGAGGUGAGUCGACUCAGAGAGCUUCAGGAGAGACUGAAGCAGGAGAUCACUGCGCUGAAGAGGAAAGACCAUGAACUGAAACAGCUCUCAGACACAGAGGAUCCCUACCAGUUUCUACUCAACUACCCCUCACUGUCGCCACUCAGUGAAUCUACACACUCAUCCAGCAUCAGGAUCCUUCCAUUGAAGAACUUUGAGGACGUGACAGCAGCUGUUUCACAGAUCAGAGGUCGACUACAGGACAUUCUGAGUAAGACAGAGACAGAGAUUUUCCAGAUUGUGUCUAAAGUGGAUGUUUUACUGCCACAACCAGGGCCAGAGACCAGAGCUGACUUUUUAAAAUAUUCGCAGGAAAUCACACUGGAUCCAAACACAGCAAACAGAUAUCUCUUAUUAUCUGAAGGAAACAGAAAAGUAACACAUAUGAGUAAAAAACAGUCUUAUUCUUAUCACCCAGACAGAUUCACAUGUUUGCCUCAGGUCCUGAGUAGAGAGAGUCUGACUGGACGUUGUUACUGGGAGGUGGAGGUGGAGGUGGGGGGGAUAGCAGGAGUUGGUGUAGCAGUCACAUACAACAAUAUCAGCAGAUCAGGAAACUCAAAUGAAUGUGAAUUUGGAUGCAAUGAUAAAUCUUGGUCAUUAUCUUGUUAUAGAACCAGAUAUAUCUUUCAUUACAACAGGAUCAUGACUCCAGUGUCAGGUCCUCGGUCCUCCAGAGUAGGAGUGUACCUGGAUCACAGUGCAGGUGUCCUGUCCUUCUACAGCGUCUCUGACACCAUGACUCUCCUCCACAGACUCCAGACCACAUUCACUCAGCCUCUCUAUGCUGGAGUUUGGGUUUAUUGUUAUCCCGGAGACACAGCUGAGUUCUGUAAACUCAAAUAGACUUGAGUCAUUAAAAGCAGUGAUUUAGAUUAUGUGUUUAACUCUUUAAUUUAUGUUUGUUCAUGGGUGUUGAUGAUUUAAUAAAUGACGCUAUAAACCAAAUGGUUUGCCUCUAGCUGCUGUGGUGAGAGCCCCCUGGCAUAGGCUACUGCCACAGUGUUUUAACAUGCUGAUGUUCGUAUUUAGUCAAAGAUUGGUGGCUGGUCAUAAAACCCACCUCA